AUGUCCAGUUCACGAGAUAAGAACGCUUUGUAUUUGCCUUGGAACGAAUGCAUUUCCAUCGCUUCCGUCCUAAUCGGCGCAUAUGCAUCGUAUAAAUAUUAUAAACUAUGCAAGGCGCAGGAUAUACCACGUCCAAAAGAUGGUGUGGAGCAGCUAAUAGGAAACACUCCCCUGGUUCAGAUUAGAUCCCUUUCCAAGGCCACCGGAGUUAACAUUUAUGCAAAAUUAGAGUUAUGUAACCCAGCAGGAAGUGCUAAAGAUAGAGUAGCAUUAAACAUAAUAAAGACCGCAGAGGAACGAGGUGAGCUAAUCAGAGGCGAACCUGGUUGGGUGUUCGAAGGAACAAGCGGUUCAACAGGCAUUUCUAUAGCCAUGGUCUGUAAUGCACUAGGAUAUAGGGCACACAUUUCUUUACCCGACGACACAUCGUUAGAAAAGUUGGCAUUACUAGAAAGUCUCGGUGCUACAGUCAAUAAGGUUAAGCCUGCCAGUAUUGUCGAUCCAAACCAAUAUGUUAAUGCAGCUAAGAAAGCAUGCGAUGAUUUGAGUAAGGAAGGUAAUGGAGUAAAGGCAGUUUUUGCUGACCAAUUUGAAAAUGAAGCCAAUUGGACAGUACACUAUCAAACCACGGGUCCAGAAAUUGCCCAUCAAAUGGAAGGAAAAAUUGAUGCGUUUAUUGCUGGCUGUGGUACCGGUGGAACGAUAACUGGAGUGGCCAAAUAUCUAAAGGAAAGCGCAAAAAUUCCGUGCCAUGUCGUUCUUGCAGAUCCACAAGGUUCAGGCUUUUAUAAUAGGAUAAACUACGGCGUGAUGUACGACUAUGUAGAAAAAGAAGGUACAAGAAGGAGGCAUCAGGUGGAUACUAUUGUAGAGGGUAUCGGGCUAAACAGGAUUACUCAAAAUUUCCACAUGGGCGAAGAGUUUAUCGAUGAAUCGAUACGUGUCAAUGACACUCAAGCUAUCAGAAUGGCAAAAUACCUAUCAGUAAACGAUGGGCUAUUCGUAGGAAGUAGUACAGCUAUAAACGCAGUAGCUGCUGUUCAAAUCGCGAAAAGACUCCCUCCUGGUGCCAAUAUUGUAAUUAUUGCAUGCGACAGCGGAUCAAGACAUUUAAGUAAAUUCUGGAAAGAAGCUAAACAAAUAGAGUAUGACAUAUCGUUAAAGGAGAUAACAGGUGGCAUUUGA